AUGAGAGUUGUGUCCAGUGAUCACCAUAGCCUGGACAGAAUCGACCCCACCAAGGUCGACCCUGAAUAUGUGCUGAAGACGCCCUCUGAGCCGCCUAUCGCUGAGGAACAAGUCUUAUUCCCUUGGCUUUAUCCCUUCUCGUUCCUCUUCCUCAACUUCAGCUGCGGGAUGGGCAUCUACAGUACGUCGGAAAACGAAACGUUCCUCGGAUUCAUCAUCAGCGACUACCUGAUUUUCCUAGUGUGCUUCUUUGUCCUAAGAAGGUUGGAGGGGAAUGGCGCCACAGUGAGAGAUAAGCGACGCAAGGUCUCCAGUAGGUAUUGCUCCGUAGCCGUGAGCGUUUACUUCUUGUUCCAGAUCGCGACGGUGCUGCCCCGCACGCUCGCCACCGUCGUCUGGACGGUAGCCGGGGCGGAGUUCGCGGCGAAUCGCUACAGCUUCUACAUACAUCUCAAGGCCCUCGGGGACUUAACCGGAGCGACGACACUUGCCGGUGCUUACCAGUUCUACGUAUACGAUUCACUCGCGGCCGACGCCGGCAGCUCCCCCCCGUCGUCUAAGGCCUGA